AUUUUCAUGUACUAGGUUCUUCUUGGAAAGCACCUGUGAAAUCAUAUGACAAGGGUGUUGCAAACUAGACUAGUAUUGUGUCAAUUCGUUACACUUCUCUCGAUACAAUUACUGUAUAAAGUGUACACCAGUACCUAUUUUAUUUAUACAAGUGGCAUUCGUCACAAAGUCCAGGUGACAAACAAAACUUAAGUACUAUUUCGAAAUUAACUUCGGAUAAUCAUGACGUGCAUGAGAAAAUAUUUUUACCUUUUGCUGGCAGCAGUGGUAUUGUCUGGAACACUAAUUGGGUUAGUUAUAAAUAGUGUUAUAAAGUGGAAUUCAGUCGAUCCUGUCAUAAGAACUAAGUUGGGUAAUAUAAGAGGUUUAAAAGCUGGUAAUGGUGACUAUUCUAUGUAUUUGGGCGUGCCUUAUGCGACGGUGGACAUGAAAAACCCUUUUGGUCGGUCCAUUCCAUUCCCUAAAUUUGAAGGAGUGUUCGACGCCAACGACGAUAGCGUGAUGUGCCCGCAAAUAGAAGAUUACAACCACACACUAACUGGAUCGCUGGAUUGCCUUUAUUUAAACAUCUACGUACCAAACGUGGCGUCAAUACAAAAUCCUCUGCCCGUACUAAUCUAUAUCCCGGGCGGACGUAAUGAGAGACCCACAACCGACAACAUCUGAAUUACUGCCACUGGAAUGGAAACCGGUUACAAAAGAUUCGCUUUUUUAUUAUAAUCUUAGUUUAAAUUUGAGCACUGGGAUCCAACCGUUCCCGAAAAGGAUGGCUUUCUGGGACUUGAUAUACAAAUUGUAUGGCAAAUACGAAAGGUUACCGACAACCCAUUAAAAGCAUUGAAAUAAAACUAUUUUUCGGAUUUUA